UUGCAGGGUGCGGUCCAGGGGAGUGGUUUUACUAGAGCAGCAGGUUAGGUCGGUUGUAGCUGACUAUUUUUGCCGUGGGCUUCGGACGCACUUAUAAGCGCCAGUAUCUCGCGUGUGUUUUGCCAUCAUGGAAUUCGAUCUUGCAAGUGCUAUGGACAAGGACGAUAAGAUUAAGAAGUCCACUGGACAUAAAGAUGAGGGGCUCUUCGGUUUCGGAAAAAAGGACAAGGACAAGGAUAAGCAUAAGAGCGAACACAAGGAUAAAGACAAGCACAAGAGUGGCGACAAGCACAAGGAGCACAAGAGUGGCGACAAGCACAAAGAAAAGAAGAAGAAGAAGGAUAAAGACCAUCACAAGAAAGAUGGCCACGGCUCCUCAUCCUCCUCCUCUUCCUCCUCUAGUAGUGAUUCGGAUUAGCAAAAUGUUGACAUUGCAAUUCAAAGAGAAACAGCUUGGAGGAGUUGACUUGAAGUGCUGCAUUUUCAUAAAUUAACUCUCUAACUAUACACAAUGCAAUCAGCCCUUAUGAUCAUAUGGUGUAUUUGGAGAUCUUGACAUGAUUGGAGUUAAAUAAAUUAACAUGUGUACGUGUGACUGUGAAAAUAAAUAUAAUACAAUAAAUCAAUAAAAUUCUUACAUUUCUAUAGA